AUGGUACAAAAUGCGCAAGAGAACACUAACAAAGAAGAAGAGGUUGUGAAAGAGACUGAGGCUGCACCAGAACCGACAGUAGAAGCAGUCCCUGAACAAGAGAAAAACCAAAUCACAUGGAAAAAGCGACCUCCAGCACCAUUCCUUCAGAGAUUGGCCAAGUAUAAAAAAGAUGAGCAGUACACGAAAUUUUUGGAGAUGUUGAAACAAAUUCAGGUAAGCAUUCCAUUGAUUGAUGCUUUAAAGGGAAUGCCUGGUGUUGUUGUGACGAGACCUAUAGUUGAGAAGCUGUAUGAUCCAGGGAGUUUCACAAUCCCUUGCACAAUAGGCAACUUUGCUUUUGCUAAGGCACUGUGUGAUCUGGGAACUAGCAUAAAUCUUAUGCCCCUAGCUAUCUACAAAAGGCUAGGGAUUGGAAGAGCUAGACCCACGUCUAUGCUAUUAGAGCUGGCUGAUCGAACCGUGAGGCCCUCUGGGAUUCUAGAUGAUGUAUUGGUGCAGGUUGGGAAGUUUGUGUUCCCAGAAGAUUUUGUCAUCAUUGACUGUCGAGUUGACAAGGAAAUUCCCAUAAUUUUUGGAAGACCAUUCUUGGCCACUAGGAGAGCUUUAAUUGACUGUGAAACUGAAGAGCUCAAGAUGAGAAUAAAUGAUAAAGAGAUAACAUUCAACAUGCAGAAAUCUAUGCGUAGACCCAGUGAAUUUGCCAAUUGCUAUCUAAUAGAUGCAGUGGAUGUAGUGUUGUAUGAGGAUGAUGAAGCAUUGAAUGUUAAAAAACCCCUAGCAGCUUGUCUCAUGAGCUUAGACCAAGCAUAUGGUAAAGACUUGGCAGAGUGGGUACUGGCUCUUGAAGGCCAAGGUUUUUAG